UUUCGCCAAGACACCGGGAAGGAUUUUGUUGUGACAGCGUAAUAACAUCCCGGCGGGGGUAGACGGUCAUAAAAUAAGUGUUUUCUUCUUGGAUCAACUAUGGCCUUCAGCAAGGGAUAUCGCAUUUACCACAAGUUGGACCCACCCCCCUACAGUGUUAUAGUGGAAACUAGGAACAGAGAAGAAUGCCUCAUGUUUGAAUCGGGGGCUGUUGCUGUUCUUUCUGCAGCAGAGAAGGAUGCCAUUAAAAACACAUAUGCCAAGAUUGUUGAUGCCUAUGGCAUCCUGGGCGUCCUCCGCCUAAACCUGGGUGACUCCAUGCUCCACAGUCUGGUGGUGGUGACAGGAUGCAGCUCGGUAGGGAAGGUGCAGGAUUCUGAGGUUUUCAGGGUCACACAGACAGACUUUAUAUCGCUGAAGAAUGAUCCAGCAGAUGAGGACCGGAUUGCUGAAGUGCGUAAGGUCCUGAACUCAGGACACUUCUACUUUGCCUGGUCUGCCACUGGAGUCAGCAUGGACUUGAGUCUUAAUGCACAUCGCAGAAUCCUAGAGGACACAACAGAUAACCGCUUCUUUUGGAACCAAUCUCUGCACCUUCACCUGAAACACUAUGGAGUAAACUGUGAUGACUGGCUGUUGAGGCUGAUGUGUGGCGGUGUGGAGGUCAGGACCAUCUAUGCUGGGCACAAACAGGCCAAGGCCUGCAUCUUCUCCCGCCUCAGCUCAGAGCGAGCUGGCACGCGGUUCAACGUCAGAGGAGCAAAUGACGACGGACAGGUGGCCAACUUUGUGGAGACAGAACAGGUUAUUUUCCUGGAUGACCAAGUCUCAUCAUUCAUACAGAUCCGUGGGUCCAUUCCUCUUUUCUGGGAACAGCCAGGAAUCCAGGUGGGCUCUCAUCGUGUCAAACUGUCAAGAGGAUUUGAGGCCAACGCGCCUGCAUUCGAAAGACACUUCACAACACUGCGAAGGUUGUAUGGUAAACAGGUGAUCAUCAACCUUCUGGGGAGUAAGGAAGGGGAACACAUGCUCAGCAAAGCUUUUCAGAGUCACCUGAAGGCAUCAGAGCAUGCAGCUGCGGUGAAAAUGGUGAACUUCGACUACCAUCAAAAUGUGAAGGGGGGCAAGGCUGACAAACUGCACAGCGUCCUAAAACCCUGUCUCGGCAAGUUCAUAGAGGAGUGUGGCUUCUUCUACUACUCUGGAGAGAUUGGCAUUUCAAGAACUCAAGGUGGGACCCUUAGAACAAACUGCCUGGACUGUCUGGACAGAACCAACAGUGUUCAGGCUUUCUUUGCCCUUGAGAUGCUGCCAAAACAGCUGGAGGAAAUGGGUUUGACGGAGAAACCCCAGCUGGUGGCCAGGUUCCAGGAGGUUUUUAGGACCAUGUGGUCUGCCAACGGAGACUCCGUCAGUAAGAUCUACGCGGGCACCGGCGCCCUGGAUGGCAAGGCCAAGGGCGGAAAGCUAAAAGAUGGCGCUCGUUCUGUGACGAGGACCAUCCAGAACAACUUCUUUGACAGCUCUAAGCAGGAGGCCAUCGACAUCCUGAGGCUGGGCUCCACACUCAACAGUGAUCUGGCGGACAAAGCUCGAGCCUUGCUCACCACUUCCAGUCUUUACGUCACUGAGCCCAUCUUGCAAUCAGCCUCUCCGAGAGUAUUGCUGGGAAUGUGUCAGAACUACCAUAAAUACACCAGGCCUAAAAAGAUCCGCGUGUGCGUCGGCACCUGGAAUGUCAACGGGGGUAAACAGUUUCGCAGCAUUGCUUUCCGCAACCAGACGCUCAACGACUGGCUGCUGGAUGCGCCGAAGAAGGCGGGCCAUCCUGAGUUCCAGGACAGCAAAGCCAACCCCCCAGAUGUCUUUGCCAUUGGUUUUGAGGAAAUGGUUGAACUGAAUGCUGGAAACAUUGUCAGUGCGAGCACUACAAACCAGAAACUCUGGGCAGCCGAGCUACAAAAAAACCUAUCUCGGGACCACAAGUAUGUGCUGCUCGCUUCAGAGCAGCUGGUGGGAGUGUGUCUGUUUGUUUUCAUCCGCCCUCAGCACGCACCCUUCAUCAGGGAUGUCGCUGUAGAUACUGUAAAAACUGGGAUGGGCGGAGCCACAGGGAACAAAGGAGGUGUGGCCAUCCGCAUGCUCUUCCACACCACCAGCAUCUGCUUCGUCUGCUCCCACUUUGCUGCCGGCCAGUCACAGGUCAAGGAGAGGAAUGACGACUACAAUGAGAUCACACGCAGGCUGACCUUCCCCAUGGGUCGUCUUCUGUACUCGCAUGACUACGUUUUCUGGUGCGGAGACUUCAACUAUCGAAUCGGCCUGCCCAACGAGGAAGUGAAAGAGCUUAUCAAACAGCAGAACUGGGAUGCCUUGACAGCUGGGGACCAGUUGUUUGACCAGAAAAAUGCUGGUUUGGUCUUCCGUGGUUUUACCGAGGGCAAGUUAGAUUUUGCUCCCACCUAUAAGUAUGACCUCUUCUCUGAAGAUUACGACACCAGUGAGAAGUGCCGCACACCGGCCUGGACCGACCGCAUACUCUGGAAGAGGAGGAAGUGGAACUUCGACAAAACAGCUGAGGAGAUGAAUGUAGUAGGGGCCAGUGCUACGUCUGGGGAGAAUGAGGAUGAUCCGGACAACCCCUGGAGCCAGGGGAUUCUGAAGUUCUACAACAGGGCUGAGCUGAAGACCUCAGACCACAGGCCUGUGGUGUCGAUCAUAGACGUGGACAUCCUGGAGGUCGACCCCGAGGCGCGGCACCAGGUCUACAAAGAGGUCAUUGCCCUGCAGGGCCCCCCAGACGGUACCAUCCUGGUGUCAAUCUGCUCCUCCGGCCCGGACGAUUACUUUAGCGAUGAGCUCAUAGAUGAGCUGCUGGACAAGUUUACACAAUUUGGGGAGGUCAUCCUCAUCAGGUUUGUGGAGGAGAAGAUGUGGGUGACUUUCCUGGAAGGUUACUCUGCUCUUGCUGCUCUUUCUCUCAGCGCUUCCACUGUCCUUGGCAAGAUGAUUGACAUCCGCCUUAAGAGUCCAGGCUGGAUCAAGAGUCUGGAGGACGAGAUGAGCGUGGAGAGGAUCUGUGGAAGCAUCCCUACCUCAGCAAGCUCCACCCUGCUGGCCGAAGACACGGACAUGGGCGAUGAUGAUUACGAUAUGGAAGGCGACGUGGACGAUGAGGUGGAGGAGAUCCUCCCCCAGCACCUUCAGCCUGGAGCCGGUUCCGCCCCUGGGUCCUCUCCUCUCCCCUCCCCCCGCGGUAGUCCCUGUCCCUCCCCCACCCAUGGAGAACCUGCCGGCCCCAGCAGGCCUAGCCGUGGAGGACAACCCUCCCGACCAUCACAAGGGCCUCCUGUUGACUUCCAGCCCGGUGCCCCUACAUCUAUGGAGCCCAAACGCCCACCGCCCCCUCGUCCCGGGGCCCCCCCAGCCAGACCAGCACCCCCUCAACGCCCACCACCACCUUCAGCUCGAGGCCAGGUAGCCGUGGGGGCUCCUGGACCUGCAGGUGUUCCCAGACCGAAUAUCCCCCCUCGAGCUGGGGUCAUCAGCAUGCCCCCUCAGUCUCGCCAACAACCUCCCUCUCACCCUGGAGCACCCAGGCCCAUCCCAGAGGUGCAUCCCGGGGCCCCUCGACCCAUCCCAGACAACCACCCGGGUGCCCCAAGACCUGUACCUGGUGCCCUGGUCAAACCCACUGACCUGCCUCUGGGCGUUCCUCCUGCAGAGCAACUUGUAGCGAGACCCCAGGCUCCAUCGACAAUGCAGCCCCACCAAGCUGCCCCUGCAGCUCAGCCCCAGCUCCAGGCACCGAUGCUGCCCACACUUCAAGCUCCUCUCCAGCCACAGCAGGCUCCUAAAGUAGGGCCCCCUGUUUCUGCUGCUGCUGCCUCUACAGGGUCUCCGCAGGGCCUAGCCUCUCCCAAACCCCCCCCACGCUCCCGCUCCUCUCACGCUCUGCCACCUGAGGCUGCCAAGACUGAGACAGCCCCUGCUGUGCAGACGAACGGAGUGAAUGGAAUCCAAAGAGAAGCACAAUGGAAGCCGGACCCCUUCGAUCCACUUACCUCCGAUUUGCUCCCCUCCUCUUCCUCUUGGCACACCACCCAGUCCCUGAACAGAGGCUCCUCUCUGCGUGCUCCCCCCUCUGUUCCCAUGUUGUCCUCCAACACUCUCCCUUUAUCCUUCUCCCUCCAGUCCUCCGCCCUCUCAGACCUGCAGCCACUCCAUUCCUCCUCCUCCUCCUCUUCCUCACCUUCCAGCGCGUCACCUUUCGCCUCCUCCCUGCUCUCACCUCCUCCGGUCCCGUCUCGUAGCCGCUCGCAGGAGACGCUGUGGGCCUCCCCCGGUCCCCUCCAAACCGACCCGCUUCCCGCCCGGCCCAGCAGCACCAACCCCUUCACCGGCCCACUGGCGCAGCGGUACCAGCCGAGCCGCCCGCUCACCCCGGACUUUUGUUCCGUCCCGACGCCAAACAUUCCGAGGACCAUGUCUGCAUUUACUCAGCCACUCCUCCCCACCCCUGCUCCAACAGCAGCUGCACCCCCCUCCCAGCUCCAAAGGACUACGUCCCUGUUCGGAGCGUCUUCCGCUUUUAACCCUACAGCUGAUCCUCUGCCCCCCCUCGCCCCAUCUCCUGUCCCCAUCUUGCCUCUGGCUCCACCCUCUUCCAUUCCGCCUGUCCUCGCACCUCGUCGCCAGCCCCCCCCCUCAGUAGGGAAACCCACAAAGGGUUGGGUCACUUUUGAUGAUGAUUUGGAUUUUCAACCUCCAACCAAAACGCCACAGGCCCCCGUCUUCCCUUCAAGUUCCCUCGUGUCCCAAACACAGACUCUGCCCUCCCGCUCUGUGUUUGACUCGGAGCCCGACUGGUUAUCCUCGGUCCCUUCAGUCCCUUCAGUAUUCCCAAUGCUCCCUUCUCGCAUCCCGACAAGAACUGUCACCAGUAACCCAAACCUCCCAGAGGGACUGAGCGACGACUGCUUGUUCCCAACAGAAAGCUGGGAUCACUCUUAAUACGUAAAGGGCAUAUCCAGAUAUGUAUAGAUCUAUGAUAAAUGUGUAUAUGUGUGUGUAUGUACAAAAGAGACGGUAUUUAAAGUAUACAACAAUCCCCUUCUGAUUCAGAGGAAAAGAAUAUAUAUCUUCAGCAGUUACAUGAGACGUGUGUGAGCCUGUGUUCUAAGUUUCCCACAGAGAUGUUUGCUUAUCCCUUUACAUUUAUUUUAAUAUGAAUUGUACUGAUGUUCAUUUUCUUCAGGGCAGCAAACUCGUGCCUGUGUCUGCAUUAUAGAACUGUACAUGUAUACGCACAAAUCCUAUGUUUAGCCACCUGUGCAACAUUUAGACGUUUAUGUGUGGCCGUGCAGCAAACUGCAUUCGCCUGCGAGGGUCAGUGUUACCUUGCCAUUUGCUACAUGGCAAACUGCAGUUCAUAUGCAUCAUUUUGACAGACCUGUACAUCAGAGCAGGCUUCUUAAAGUAGAGAGGAAUCCUCUACCUCCUCAGUUUACAGAUAGUAGAAGGCUAUGCACUGCAGGUUUUACAUUUGCCCCUAAAAUACUCUGUUGUAUGUUCUAAUAUUUUGUGUCUAAUGAGAGCACAUUUUAAAAUGCAGAUUGUGCGCUCGCUUUUAUCUUGAAUGUACAUUAUGUUGCACUGGGUUGUCAUUGCCUCCUUGCUGAAACCACGGCGUGAUCAACAGCAAGAAAUAGCCAGUCAAACUGUUCACUGCCGCUGGACCGACUAUCAUCCAGUUGAUAGUAAAACUUUGUGUUCUUCCUCUUUCUAUUCCGUCAUCAUUCCUUGUAUGUGGGCUUAGCUGAAUAUAUUUUGUAGCUCUAUAUCAAAACCUAUACAUAGUGAUUUAUGUAUAAAUGUAGGUUUUCAACAAGGAAACGAUUCGCUUAAUGUGUAUAUUGUGUUUGUGAUGGCUGUAUCAGUGGUUUGCACAAUGUUACAGAUAUGCAUUGACAGGCUGUAUGAGCUCUCUUGGUUGUAUUCUUGCUGAUGGCAGAAUGACAAAAAUGAGAGCCAGCGGGUUGAGCAGAUGACCUUUCCACCUCUGCAGUGUUUUGAUUCUUCUUGAUUUAUCCAAAGCAUUUAAACACACUAUUGUAAAUUCAGAGAAUGUGGCCAGUGCGUUUGUAUACUUCUGUUACUGAAAGUACUAUGAACCGGGUCCGUAAACAUGGCAGCCAGGCCAAGCCAUGCAUAAUAACAAGAGGGCACAUUUUUUUUUACUUCAACUUUUGUUAAUUGCACAAGACAUGCUUUUAAUUUCUCAGAACAUUUACUCUAAAUAAUCUAUUGUUAAUAUCUGUGGUGAGAAGUAACGUGUCGUGUUUGAGGUGCAUAUGGUCUGUUGCCGUGUUUGUGUUUUGGAUGUGAGUGUGUGUACGGAGUUAGGGGUGGAAAAUGUCAGAGCUUUACCACUCUGAAAUCUUCUCUUUUAAGUGCACUCAGUGUAUUUGCUGAAUGAACAGCCACUGUAUUCACUAGCGCAUGGCUGUUACUGUAUUCCGCUCUAUAGCCUGCCAAUGGCCGUGGAGGGGCCUCACUGUUUGCAAAAAUGUUAACAAUACAAGACAAAGGACUCUUAUUCCUCAAAGCACCAACCACCCUGACUGAAGAUACAGACUGAACUACACCGAAAGUAUGCUGAAAGGCAUCACCCGAUUAUCAUUUCCAGUUGACUGUUCUGUUGUGUCCUUCCCAGGCGCAGUGUGGCCCACAUUCCAGACAGUAGUGUGAUUUGAGUGUCAAACUUUUCUCAGCAUUUGCAGGUCUGCCUGUAAUAUCUAACCCAUAGCUGUUUCCUCCAGUUGAGAGUUAUUGUUACUGAGCCUCGCUGAUUUCGUAACCAUUCAUGAGGUGUGUGUGUGUGGUGUUGUCAGAGGUGAUGUGUCAGUAUUUCCCCCUGUACUACCUGCUGUUGAGUUGUAAAGGUCAGCAUCAAUGAAGACGAGCAAUACUUUUGCAAAAGGAUCAGUAAAAGUCAGGUGCUCUCUAACAGGACACAUGCCAGCUGUUGAUGUUCAGAAACUAUUUAACAAGCGGAAAUUUCUCAAAAUAAUUUGAUGGCUUCUUGAGGAUGACACACGAAAGUACCAGCUAACUUACGCUUCUGCAAAUGUCAAACAAAUAUAAAUAAUCUUCAUUCACUGCACUGAAGGCAGUAACUAUCUAUGUAAGCAAGUGUAUCAGGUCGCCUUUGCUUACAUGUCGGUGUCAUCACUAAAAUGCAUUUGUUGUGUUAUCCAAAUGUGUGCAGUAGAUUCUGUAGGUGACUAGCCAGCGCUUUGUGUCAUGUCAUGUACAAGAUGAGAUUUUAUAGGAAACAAAUUGCUCCUUUUGUGAGGUUGGUGUCCCUUUUUAUGGUUAUAAUCCAUAGUAAAUAAAGAGUCUGUGUUGUUGAACAUAUUCUGUAUGUAUUCAAGAGAAAACAUGAAGCUGCGAUUCGUGUUAAUAUCAACCGUUCCAUAUUUUAAGUGCACAGCAGAUUGCACAUUUAUGUGUGAAGCAGUUUAUGUUGUAUGUAUGCAAAAAUAAAUGUAAGUCGACCCUA